UUCAAUUGAAAUGAAGGUACCGGCAAUAGAGUCCACCAAAGAUUGUUAUUUCUUACCAAAAGAUCUAUCAAAUGUAUUAUGUAAAACUUUUUUUUAGUAGAUUUUGCACUUUACAUAACUCGGUGUUAAUACUCUCGUGUCAUAAUUCAAACUGAAUGAUUUCAGCCUUGGUGGGAUAUAGAGAUAUGUCUUUCUAGAUGGACUAUUAGGUAGGCACGAUGGGGUUAGGUUAGUUGGAGAUCUUCAAUACAAUUUUGCUAAAAUAGAGUGCUUGCUUUGACCCCAAAAAUUUGUAUCAAAAUACACUCAGCCUUCCACUCCUACCAAACUCUGCCAUUUUCAAUCUCUCUUCUAUAUACCACAAAACAUCAUACUUGAUUCUGAUUACACGAAACCUCCCAAAUUCUGCUCAGAAAGGUUCUCGGAGCCAGCACCCACAAAAGCAGGGGAUGUGAGCUCGCCCAAUUUUCCCCUGUUCAUUACAACUGUGGCUCAAGAAAAACAGAUCGCUAUUUUUUUGAUAAUGGCGAAACUUGCAUUAAGAAGGAAAAAGGAACAAGUACAACAGGGGCAUUAGUUCAAAAGAGCUGAACUAAAGAGCACCCAACCCAAGUUCAGGAAGACGACCAGAAACAGAAAAGGAAAAGGAGAAGGAAAAAAGGAAAAACCAAUAGACCAAAGCUAAAGCCAUCUAAGUGGACCAGACCACUUCUGAUGGUAGCAAGACAAAGCCAAAACAAAACCAAAAACAAAAACCAGCAGCAAGCAUGCUGCCCAGAGCGCAGCAGGAAAGGCAAAAACCGAAAACGCUGAAACCCAGAUAAACCCCAACCAACACAGUGCCACUGCCAAGCACCCCCAAACAGAACCCAGCGCACCUAUCCCUGCGCCCGGUUACGAAAACUAUCCUGCAACAAUCCCAUUUUAUGUUCCAUCCACGAAAGGCCAUGCUCCCUGGGGACUUUGCCAAGGGCGGUCACCCAACCCAACGCCGCUCUGAUCGCUUUCCUCACGACAACCACAGGGGAACUCUUAGAGUCCCUAAAGAUGCGAUUGUUCCGCUCCAACCAGAUCUGCCACCAAACAGAGUGAAGGCUACAAUAGUUGAUCCAACCCGACACAUCCCCGGCCUCAUCACACUUCAGAUCGCUAUUGAAUUGAUGAGAACCCCACACUCACAUUAGACACACUAUAGACACCCUUCUUUUCACGGAUAUAUAAGGACCCAUAUAAAAAGAAGGAUUGCAUGGGGAAAUCAAAAUCCAACAGUCUCUUCUCUCUCUUUUCUCUCGCUCUCUGUUUUCUCUCUGCUGUUAUAUACUCUGUUUUUCUUUCCCUCCUCUGUUUCUGGCAGUAACUGAUCCAGCCGUACAUUCUCGAUACAGUUGAGGGGAUUGCUGUCUGGUUCGAGACCAUUCAUUCACUCAUUCAUCGUACGGAUUUGGGUUUUCUUCAAUUUGUCAGUAAUGGGAGAAAACUGAAUGAUCUCGGACCAGGCUUCAUUCCCCCCAACUUCCCUCCACCGCCAAUUUCCAUCCUCCACUGUUUCCUUAUUACUUACAUUGUUUGUGAUUUUUCCCACUGAAUUCCGUAUUGGGUUUGUUUAAUUCCUUCUGUUGCAAGUACCUAGCUUGGAUUAUGAUCGAAAGGGUAUUAAUUUUGCUGUGUUUUUGUUCUCUUUGCUCUUCGAUCUUAUCUCAUCUUUGUGUUCAAGGAUCUUGCUCUAGAUGGUCAACCAAGGAAGCAUCUUGAUUCUUGACGGUGAUGAUGGUGACAAUGGUUUGUAGUCAAAUCAUUGACCCGGGAAGCAAGGAUAUCUUUUGAUUCUUUUCCAUGCAGCUAUGCUGCUCAGAAACAAAACGCGUUGAAAACCAGGCAAAGCUUGUCUUGGAGUUUGGUUCCCAGAACACCGCCAUUGGCUACCAAAUCCGUUGAAAUUGGCGGAGGGAAGAAUAGAAUAGAUUGGUCGAUAGAGAAAAAGAGAGAGAGACUGUUUGGUUUGAGUUGUUGGUGUGAAAAUCUGACUGUAAAGCUAACGAGAAUCAUGAGAGAGAGGGGGGAAAAGGCAGAGUAGUUCUAUCUUUUUCCAUUAUUGUGGGGGAAUUGAAUUUUAGCCAAAUUGGCCUUUGCUUGAGCAGAGCUGCAAAGAAUAUCUGAUUCAUCACUUAUGUACUAUGUGUUCACCUUUCAUCAUUUCCUUUUAACAUCAACAGUGUUAAACUACGAAUUACAUGUUGAGCAUUAUUUCUGCCUUUUAAUCUGAAAGGAGUAUAGUUACUACUAGCAAUCGAUAGUUCGUCAUUUCUACAUUAUCCUCUUGUAAGCACCACACCAAAAAAAAAUCUUCUAAACUUAUAAAUUUGUCCUGUAUUCAUGAAAAAAUAUACCGUUAUUGAUAAGUUUAAACGUAUUGAGAAGAGCGUAAUUACCAACAAAUGUGGUAAAUAUAGUAAAGGUGGUAACUUUGAGAGAAAUUUUUCACACACCUUCUUCUUCCCACACUCUGCCCACCAUGUGGGUCAGAUUUCAUUCAACUUUAGUGGGUCUUCUCCUGCUGCUGCUGUUGCUAUUAAUCCUUUCUCAGUCUUCUUUUCCAUGUGGGUUUGUUCCAAAAAUUAACAAAAUUCUUCUCUCUGCUGUUAAUAAACCAUUCAUUCCAUGCCCUUAUUUACUGCUGCUGGUCUCUGUCAAUGUUUGUGGGCUAUCCUCCUCAUACAUUUUUCCUCUGCAAACCGCCCAUGUGGUGGCUUUCAAUUUGGUUUGGUUGCUUGCUGUAUCUGUAAGUGAGCCAACAACUUAUACAUGCCGCCAUGUGCAAUGAAUUUAUAUGCUCACCCGAGCAUUUUUUCUUGUUCAUCCUACUAAGAAGUUAGCUGCUACCAAACUCACUUCACCUUCAAACAUUCAUGACCUAUAGGGCCAGGCCAGCCCAUUUCUGGGUGAAAACCUAACAUACUGUUCUGUACCAUCAACCUGGUAAAAAUUCUCUCUGCCUUUCCCUUUCCUCUGCAUCCCUGUACUCUCAGGGUAGUCGUACUACUACUGAGCAUUGAGAUUGAUUAUAUAUAUAUAUAUAUGCUGAACUGAUUGGAGCUAAAGAAAAAGCAAAAAUAUAGUUCUGGCAAAGGC